GUGAGCCGCGGAGAAGGAAGGGACAAGUUACAGCAAUAUAUGAAUUACAAGUCUCAUUAGAACGAUCGUCUUUAUGAAAAUUACGCGCGAUGAAUUCAGCGGGAAAGUAAGCGCCAGAGUGAGCGGCUGCACAGAGCGGUAAGCGUUUCUUUGGCUUCCGGGUUUCCGCUCUCGUGUCAGUAAAGAGUAGCAGCAUGAGACCAACAGACAGCGUGAAGCAAGACCAAGGUGAACACAGAGAAAAGCAAGACGACGGUUCCUCGUCGAAUGGUACAGACGACUGGAAGUCCGGGAAAGAGCCUCGCCCUUCGGCGGGCGCACAAGUUGAUCCGGCCACAGUUGCUGCGCAGCCGAACAAAACAGUCAUAGCCAGUCAAGAGCCAGUCGGAAGCGGAGUCUCUGAAAUGUCGAUGGCCUCCGUGUCAUUGGCGCUGGACGCAUCCUCAUCGGGACAACGGCAAUCGGAAGCCGCGAUGCCAUCCUCCGGAGGGUCAGAACCGCUUCCGGACGUUGUGAGUGAGGCGUCUCAGACGUCGGACUCAGCGUCCGCCUCGUACAGGUCGCUCAACCUCCAGUACUCGCCAAGCAGAAGGCAGCAGGCGCAGCCGUCCAGUCCGAAGCUUGAGCUGCCUUCUGCCGACUCCUUUGUUGGUUCACCGAGCGCUGGUCAAGAAGCACCCCCAAGACCACUGUCCCAGCAAGCGCAGGUCCCGAGGUUCUGGUCUAUUCUGGCCCAUCUCACACACUUCCUCUCUCCCCAUGAGAAUAAGCCGGGCAUACAACUCGUCCGCAGUGCUGACCAACCUGACUCCAUCCAGAGCUUUAAACGAGAUGCUCGAGAGCCCACGAUGUCUGCAAGGUUGGUUCAACAGGCUGGCGGGAGGCUUCCUUCGAAGCAAGAGAACGAUGAGGACGGGGCACACGUGGAGUCGCGCACUUUGCUUGUUCCGUGGAGCCACAAGCCCCGAAGGCUUGAUCAGAUGCGAGGGAUGUGCGAAGCCACCGAAGAGUCGUUGCCACCUUCAAGUCCCGUAACUCCCUCGUCGCCCAUGAUAGACUCUCAAGCACAGGCCGCCUCUCCCGCGGAUGACUCAGAGUACGGCGAAACGUUUCCCGCACCCCGCAUCCCGUGGUUCACGCUCUUCGUCACAUGGCUUCAGGUGCGGGCGCACUGGAAAUUCCUUCACAAGUACUACCCCGAACGGUGCGCCAGCGUCGACACCAUCAUUGAAGAAGGCCACUGGGAACGGGCGCUGUUCGCCGCCUUCCAUCAUACGAGCGCCAAGCACCUCUUGUUCAACCUGAUGUCGUUCUUCACCAGUGGCCUCAUCCUCGAAGCAGCCCUGGGAACUGCGUACUUCGGCGCCGUCUUUGCGGCGCUCGUGGCUUUAGUAGGAUUGGUGCACACCUGUGUCAACCUGAUCGUAUGCAAAUACGCAUCUGUGCUACCGCUGCACACAGUCUGCGCACACACGUUCGCAGGCGUCACUGUAGCCACCGAUAUACUUACCCGGACUUACAUCGGAGGAUCGACAAUCCGCUACGGCAGCUACGAGUUCGAGUACCUAGAGUGCUGGGCUCUGUUGGCUGAGAUGUUCGUACUGGGUGGGAUUUCGGUGGACAAUCUUCUACCUAUGGCGAGUGGGCUCUUGGUUGGCGGUUUCCUGGCCAAGACGAAACUGGGAAGGUUUAUCAUACGUGUACGUCCUUCCCGGCGGCACGUGAACCUGUACGUUAUGCCGUGGGCACCCGUUACGUAUAUCUUCUCUGCGUCCAUCAUUGCUGCCUACAUCUAUGGGCCAUACGUCAACCACACGGCCACAGCGCAGCCGACGUUGGCUUUCCAAUAUCCCAUCUGGCAAGUGCCCGUUCUCCCAGCACUGUACUUACCCAACCUCUUUCAACUGGUCUACGUCACCCUUUCCCUACUGCCAGUAGGCGUGGAGCUGGAACGAGACCUUGGCCAUUUAAGGUUUAUGUGCGAGGUCACCGGGCUACUGCUGGGGGUCAGCUUGAUUCUCAACGGCUUGACCUGCGCGGUCUGGGAGCACGUGAUCGUCCACCACACCGAACAACCACCACCGGCCGCGCAUUCCACGUCCUGCGGCUGUGGUCUUGUCGGUGUCCUGCUGGCCCUGAAGAUCGUGCAUCGCGAUAAGAACAACGGCCGUCGCAACCGCUACCAGAUGGCGUCGUUUUCCGUACCUCUGCCUUUCUGGAUUGGCCUGCUUAUAGACUUCGCGCUCAUGUGGUGCUACAUGCCGACCGGUUCUUCAGUCGGACACGUCACUGGCGUUCUUCUCGGCCUCGCAGUCGCCAACAUCAAGAGCGAGAACUUCGCAAACUGCAUUCCAGGCGUCGGAAGUGCUUCGGCUCCUAGGAGGCCCCGAGAGAGCGCAGACGCAGCACCAGGGGCUUUAGGAAGCUAUGCUUCACGGAUAAGGCGUUCCCUGAUUGGUUGUUGAUUGCAAAUUACGUUUUUGCUUAAAACAAUGAAUGCGCUCUGCCAACGACGAGUCGAGCGUUUAUGAAUUCGUUACGCAAGAGGUGACAACAGCAGCGCAGCUCCCUGUUCAGUUGACCUCAUUG